AUGGCGGAUGGUGCGGUUGCGGAGAUGGCUGGUAAAUCAUCUACCAGCGUGGCGCCUGAGGGUCACCUGCAGUCUGAUUACUAUCCCAACAUGGUCGGGGGACUCCUGAGCUACCUAGGCUUUGGCGGCGCAGCCGCCCAGACCCAGCCCGAGAAUGAGCCCGUACGGGCCCUUCCUGCAAAUUGGUACACUUCAGAAGAGAUGUAUCAGCUUGAGAGGCGCGCCAUCUUCACAAGGAGAUGGCUUAUCCUCACCCACAAGUCAAGACUCGCCAACCCCGGCGACUUCCUUCGCUACAACAUUGCCAACUACGACGUUGUCGUCUCCAAAGACCGAUCAGGCGAGAUUAAUGCAUUCCACAAUGUGUGCAGACACCGCGCAUACCCUGUUGUCGAAAAGGACGGAGGCAACGCAAAGAUCUUCUCUUGCAAAUACCACGGCUGGUCGUACGGCCUGAACGGCAAUCUGGCCAAGGCUCCCGGCUACCAGGAGCUUCAGAACUUCGACAAGGCUAAGAACGGCCUAUUCCCUAUCCACACACGCAUUGACCGCAACGGUUUCGUCUGGAUCAACAUGGACUCAAAGAAGGUGCCAGAGGUAUCAUGGGAAUCACAAUUCGACCAUGUCGACGAGCAAACCCGCUUCGAUCAGUUCAAUUUUGACGACUACGAGUUCGACCACACAUGGAACCUCGAAGGUCCCUUCAACUGGAAGAUUCUCGCAGACAACUUCAACGAGUGCUACCACUGCAAGAGUACCCACCCCGACCUAACCACCGGACUCGUCGAUCUCGAGAGCUACGAUGUCUACUGCAAAGCCGACCACAUCCAGCACGACCCCAAAACCCCACAAUACCGCAAGGAUCUCGGACAAGAGAUCUGCUCCACAUACUGCUUCCCCAACGCCUCCUUCACUGUCACCCAACACUUCCUCUUCAUGCAAAAAUUCAUGCCCAAGUCCCCCACCGAGUCCGUCAUGUACUACGAAGUCUGGCGCAACAAGCACUCGUCGCAAGAAGACUUCCUCCUCAUCAGCGACACGUACAAGCGCGUCAUGGGCGAAGACAAAGUGCUCUGCGAGCGUGCGCAAAAGAACAUCGAAGCCGGCAUCUUCAUCAACGGCGAGCUGCACCCCCGCAUGGAGAAGGGCCCCCUCUUCUUCCAGAAGCGCUGCCGCGAAAUCGUCAUGGAACACGGCAUGCGCGAGAAGAAGGCCGGUCACAAGAUUUGGCCUGCCAAGCAGCAGCUCGACUCCGAGGCUGGAUCGCUGCUUACCAAGGAAAUGGAAGAUUUCUGCGAGGGUCUCUCGUGCGGCACUGACAAUGAGAAGAGCGAUCUCGCUUGGUAG